AUGAGCCAGGACGCCACCAAUGCCGAUGAAAAGAUCCAAAAGGACUUGGCCAAGCUGAAAGGAGAAAUGGAAAAAUGCUCAACCUUGAUGAAAGAUGGAUACUCUUCAGAAAACAAGGAAUUGCUGGAUGCUAUUGGCUUCCUCGAGGCAUGCGCACCACGGAUGCAAGAACUGGUGGAGAAAGCAUCAACCGGCGCUUUAAGCGCACCAGUUUUGGCGGAGACUACUCAAUUGAACGAUCAGUUGCAGAAAGCUCUUGCUCAGGUUGCUGAGGCUGCAAAGGGUUCUGCUACGGCUCCAAAGAAGGAGAUUGAUGAUAUGUUAGUAGUUGAAACAAACUCCAAACUGAUUCCUAGAAUGCAGUUCAGCUAUGAUAAUAUUCCACCCAAGCCUGCAACCGAGCCACCUCUCCCAGUGACUGAUGCGGCCCGCAACCACGUUCCAAACCCCUACCUCAAUGCCAAUAUCACACACCCCAAAAUCAUGGAAUGCAGAGCGAAGUCUACUCACCCCAACAAAAACCUCAACAUCGACCAUUCUCAAGACACAUCGCUGUACCCCCAAUCGUUCCCUCACUUUGUCCGUGGACGUGACAGUCUCCGCGAGUACAUCACUUCGUUGUUCACUAGCCAGAUCGCGAUCUACGAUGGUGCUAUGGGUACCAUGAUCCAAAACUAUGCGAAGAAGAACAAGUUGGACGAAGAAGAAUACCGUGGCGAUCGCUUCAAGGAAUGGUCUUGCAACGUCAAGGGUAACAACGAUAUGUUGAGCAUCACACAACCUCACGUGAUCGCUGGCAUCUACAAGGAGUACCUGGAGGUUGGAGGAUCCAACUUGAUUGGAACCAACACAUUUUCGUCCACAACCAUCGCCAUGGCUGACUACGAAAUGGAACCGUAUGUCUACGAGCUGAACUACGAAUCUGCUCGCUUGGCACGCGAGGUGUGCGAUGAAGUGACUGCAAAGGACCCUACUAAGCCUCGCUUCGUCGUGGGAGCGAUCGGUCCUACGAACAGAACCGGUUCUAUCUCUCCUUCUGUGGAAGAUCCAGCAGCACGCAAUGUGACUUUCGACGAGCUUGUUGAAGCUUAUUUCGAACAAAUAGUCGGUUUGGUUGAUGGAGGUUCCGAUAUUUUGAUGGUCGAGACAAUCUUCGAUACUUUGAACGCCAAGGCUGCUUUGUUUGCUGUUGGUGAAUACCUUGAAAUGACCGGCUUGGAUAUCCCAGUGUUUGUUUCUGGUACCUUGGUGGAUCAAUCUGGACGUACCUUGUCCGGUCAAACUGGAGAGGCCUUCUACGCUUCCAUCCGUCACGCCAAGCCAAUGUGUGUCGGGCUAAACUGUGCUCUAGGUGCACAGCAUAUGACACCAUUCGUUGAGCGUCUGGCCAAGUGUGUGGAAUGUUUCGUUCAUGUAUACUCUAAUGCAGGUCUUCCAAACGCAAUGGGAGGAUACGAUGAAAGUCCUGAUGACAUGGCGAAGGGAAAUGAAGUUUUCUUCAAGAGCGGAUGGUUGAACAUGGUUGGUGGAUGCUGCGGGUCCACUCCGCCACACAUCAAGGCUAUCAGAGAAAUGGCGGAAAAGUACAAGCCGCGCAAGCUUCCUGAUGUAGGACGUCCCAAAAUGUGGUUGUCGGGUCUUGAAGAUCUCGUAGUGGAUGAUGUGCACAAUCACUUGGGUCUUCCAUUCUUGAACGUGGGAGAACGUUGCAACAUUGCUGGAUCUUUGAAGUUCAAAAGAUUGAUGAUGGCAGGAGAUUACGCGGCUGCUAUGGAUAUUGCCAAGCAACAGGUUGAAGAUGGAGCACAUGUGAUCGAUAUCAAUGUCGACGAUGGUAUGUUGGACGGUCUUGCCGCCAUGCAGAAGUUCGUUAAGAUUGCUGUGACAGAACCCGAAAUUGCAAAGGUUCCCUUUAUGUUGGAUGCAUCCAAGUUUGAGAUCGUUGAAGCUGGUCUCAAGUGGUGCCAAGGAAAGCCAAUUGUGAACUCGAUUUCGUUGAAGGUUGGAGAAGAACUCUUCAAGGAGCACGCCACUUUAUUGAGAAAGCAUGGAGCAGCUGUUGUGGUGAUGGCCUUCGACGAAGAAGGCCAAGCUGCUACGGAGGAUGAGAAAGUCCGCAUCUGUAAGCGCUCAUAUGAUAUUCUUGUGAACGAGGUUCGAUUCCCACCAGAGGAUAUUGUUUUCGAUCCAAAUGUGUUGACUAUUGGAACUGGUAUGGAGGAGCACGCCAACUAUGGUGUUGACUUUAUCAACGCGACGAAGAUAAUCAAGGAGAUCUGUCCGUAUGUGAAGAUCAGUGGUGGCAUCUCUAACUUGUCAUUUGGAUUCCGUGGUGUUACCAAGAUUCGCGAAUCGAUUCACGCUGUGUUCCUACACCAUGCCAUCACUGAGGCUGGUAUGGAUGUUGGUAUUGUGAACGCUAAGGAAAUGCUUGCAAUCGAUGACUUGGAAGGUGACAUGCGUGUCCUUUGUGAAAACCUGGUUUUCAAUAAGACACCGGAUGCAACUGAAGAUAUGCUCACUCGCACCUCCUACGAAAGGGCUUGUAUGGAAGCCCGAAAGAAGGGACUGCCGCUUCCCCACAAGCCAAGAGGACAGAUGCCAAAUCUCCCUCGCAAGAAAUUCAGCUAUGAUAAUAUUCCACCCAAGCCUGCAACCGAGCCACCUCUCCCAGUAACUGACGCGGCCCGCAACCACGUUCCAAACCCUUACCUCAAUGCCAAUAUCACACACCCCAAAAUCAUGGAAUGCAGAGCGAAGUCUACUCACCCCAACAAAAACCUCAACAUCGACCAUUCUCAAGACACAUCGCUGUACCCCCAAUCGUUCCCUCACUUUGUCCGUGGACGUGACAGUCUCCGCGAGUACAUCACUUCGUUGUUCACUAGCCAGAUCGCGAUCUACGAUGGUGCUAUGGGUACCAUGAUCCAAAACUAUGCGAAGAAGAACAAGUUGGACGAAGAAGAAUACCGUGGCGAUCGCUUCAAGGAAUGGUCUUGCAACGUCAAGGGUAACAACGAUAUGUUGAGCAUCACACAACCUCACGUGAUCGCUGGCAUCUACAAGGAGUACCUGGAGGUUGGAGGAUCCAACUUGAUUGGAACCAACACAUUUUCGUCCACAACCAUCGCCAUGGCUGACUACGAAAUGGAACCGUAUGUCUACGAGCUGAACUACGAAUCUGCUCGCUUGGCACGCGAGGUGUGCGAUGAAGUGACUGCAAAGGACCCUACUAAGCCUCGCUUCGUCGUGGGAGCGAUCGGUCCUACGAACAGAACCGGUUCUAUCUCUCCUUCUGUGGAAGAUCCAGCAGCACGCAAUGUGACUUUCGACGAGCUUGUUGAAGCUUAUUUCGAACAAAUAGUCGGUUUGGUUGAUGGAGGUUCCGAUAUUUUGAUGGUCGAGACAAUCUUCGAUACUUUGAACGCCAAGGCUGCUUUGUUUGCUGUUGGUGAAUACCUUGAAAUGACCGGCUUGGAUAUCCCAGUGUUUGUUUCUGGUACCUUGGUGGAUCAAUCUGGACGUACCUUGUCCGGUCAAACUGGAGAGGCCUUCUACGCUUCCAUCCGUCACGCCAAGCCAAUGUGUGUCGGGCUAAACUGUGCUCUAGGUGCACAGCAUAUGACACCAUUCGUUGAGCGUCUGGCCAAGUGUGUGGAAUGUUUCGUUCAUGUAUACUCUAAUGCAGGUCUUCCAAACGCAAUGGGAGGAUACGAUGAAAGUCCUGAUGACAUGGCGAAGGGAAAUGAAGUUUUCUUCAAGAGCGGAUGGUUGAACAUGGUUGGUGGAUGCUGCGGGUCCACUCCGCCACACAUCAAGGCUAUCAGAGAAAUGGCGGAAAAGUACAAGCCGCGCAAGCUUCCUGAUGUAGGACGUCCCAAAAUGUGGUUGUCGGGUCUUGAAGAUCUCGUAGUGGAUGAUGUGCACAAUCACUUGGGUCUUCCAUUCUUGAACGUGGGAGAACGUUGCAACAUUGCUGGAUCUUUGAAGUUCAAAAGAUUGAUGAUGGCAGGAGAUUACGCGGCUGCUAUGGAUAUUGCCAAGCAACAGGUUGAAGAUGGAGCACAUGUGAUCGAUAUCAAUGUCGACGAUGGUAUGUUGGACGGUCUUGCCGCCAUGCAGAAGUUCGUUAAGAUUGCUGUGACAGAACCCGAAAUUGCAAAGGUUCCCUUUAUGUUGGAUGCAUCCAAGUUUGAGAUCGUUGAAGCUGGUCUCAAGUGGUGCCAAGGAAAGCCAAUUGUGAACUCGAUUUCGUUGAAGGUUGGAGAAGAACUCUUCAAGGAGCACGCCACUUUAUUGAGAAAGCAUGGAGCAGCUGUUGUGGUGAUGGCCUUCGACGAAGAAGGCCAAGCUGCUACGGAGGAUGAGAAAGUCCGCAUCUGUAAGCGCUCAUAUGAUAUUCUUGUGAACGAGGUUCGAUUCCCACCAGAGGAUAUUGUUUUCGAUCCAAAUGUGUUGACUAUUGGAACUGGUAUGGAGGAGCACGCCAACUAUGGUGUUGACUUUAUCAACGCGACGAAGAUAAUCAAGGAGAUCUGUCCGUAUGUGAAGAUCAGUGGUGGCAUCUCUAACUUGUCGUUUGGAUUCCGUGGUGUUACCAAGAUUCGCGAAUCGAUUCACGCUGUGUUCCUUCGCAAUGCAAUCAUGGAAUCUGGUAUGGAUGUUGGUAUUGUGAACGCUAAGGAAAUGCUUGCAAUCGAUGAGGUUGAACCGGAGCUCAGAAAGGCAUCGGAAGAUCUCAUCUUCAAUAGGUCGCCUGAUGCAACCGAGCUUAUGUUGGAACUGACCCAGAAGGAGCGUGCAGCUGUCGAAGCCCGAAAGAAGGGCGGACAACAAGUCAAGAUCAAAGAAAAAUCUUGGAGAGACUUUGAGCCAAAGAAACGUCUUGAACAUGCUCUUGUCAAUGGUAUCUCUGAGUUCGUGAUUGAGGACGUUGAGGCUGCCCGCCAGGAAUGUAGCAAGCCUCUGGAUGUCAUUGAAGGCCCUCUGAUGGACGGUAUGAACGUGGUUGGUGAUCUCUUUGGAGCAGGAAAGAUGUUCUUGCCACAAGUCAUUAAGUCUGCCCGCGUGAUGAAGAAAGCAGUUGCAUAUUUGCUUCCUUUCAUGGAGGAAGAAAAGAAGCUUAAAAUGGUUGAGGCAGGUCUCGAUCCAGCCGAUUUCGAUGAAAACGACGACUCCAACUAUGCUGGAAAGGUGUUGAUGGCUACCGUCAAGGGUGAUGUGCACGACAUCGGAAAGAAUAUUGUCGCUGUCGUUCUUGGUUGCAAUAAUUACAAGGUGUAUGAUAUCGGUGUCAUGUGUUCUUGCGAGAAGAUUCUUGAAAAGGCUAAGGAAUACAACGUUGAUGUAAUUGGUCUUUCUGGUUUGAUUACCCCAUCUUUGGAUGAGAUGGUUGAUGUUGCGAAGGAACUUGCAAAGGGCGGAUUCAAACAACCGUUGUUGAUCGGUGGAGCUACCACCUCCAAGAUGCACACUGCGGUCAAGCUUGCUCCAAACUAUUUCACAUCCGAGCACCCAGUCAUUCACGUCUUGGAUGCGUCACGAUCCGUGACUGUUGUCUCUUCUCUACUUGGUGAAGCGAAAGAAGACUUUGUCGAGGACAUCCAGGAAGAGUACGAGGAAAUGAGAGAAGAUUACUACGCUGGAUUGGAAGAUCGACACUUCUUGUCUCAUGAAGGAGCGCAAAAGCAAAGGAUGGUUAUUGACUUUGAUAAGGCUCCACCUGCGCCAGUCCCAAACAAACUUGGGACCACUGUAAUUGAUUCCGUCAAGCUUGUAGAUGUCAUCCCAUACAUUGAUUGGAACCCAUUCUUCCAAACUUGGGAGCUCAGAGGGCGUUACCCAAACCGUGGAUAUCCAAAAAUCUUCAAUGACAAGACUGUUGGUGGAGAGGCAAAGAAGCUAUUCGAUGAUGCCCAGACUAUGUUGAAUCAAAUUGUGAAGGAUGAAAGUAUGUGGUUGAAGGGAAUCGUCGGUCUAUUCCCUGCCAAUCGUAGCGAAGAUGGCGAGGAUGUCGAUGUCUUUGCAACGGAAGCAGACAGAGAAGCCGGAAGCGCUGGUGCAAAAUUCUGCAUGUUGCGUCAACAAGCAGAAAAGGAAUCUGAUGAUCCAUAUCUCUCUCAAGCCGACUUUAUCGCACCAAACGGAUACAAGGACCACGUUGGCUUCUUCGCAGUUUCUUGCUUUGGAUGCGAAGCUCUCGUAAAGAAGUUCGAGGCGCAGAAUGAUGAUUUUUCGAAGAUCAUGGCCCAAGCUCUUGCCGAUCGUUUCGUAGAGGCUUUUGCUGAAUACUUACACCGUGAAAUCCGUAUUAAUAUUUGGGGAUAUGCUAGUGGCGAGAGCUUAGACGAGGCUGAUUUGCUCAAGAUCAAGUACGAUGGAAUUCGUCCUGCUCCAGGUUACCCAUCGCAACCUGACCACACCGAAAAGUCCACCAUGUGGGACUUCGUGAAGGUCAAGGAACAAACUGGUAUUGAAUUGUCCGAAUCUUUGAGCAUGAUGCCUGCUGCUUCGGUUUCUGCCUUGGUCUUUGCCCAUCCCCAAUCCGAAUACUUUGCUGUUGGGCAAAUUGGGAAGGACCAAGUCGAAAGCUAUGCAAAACGCAAGAAUAUGGACCUAGAACGUUGCGAACGCUGGUUGUCUCCCAUCUUGAACUACGAGCGGGCUUAG